AUGUCAACGACGGCUUUGGAUGGUGUCAACGGACCGCAUCAACGCUGGAUGCAGAUAGUUGAAGAAGCCACUCCAUCUCACCUCCCUAUAGCAUCUGUAUCUAAGCAGACAGAAGGGUGGUCAGUGAACCAGUUACAUGUCAAGAUCCCUUCUCUUCAAGCCGGCUGCGAGCAGUCCAAUACUUCUCCCCUGGAGCUUAUCAAGGCUUCGUGGGCAGGUCUGCUGCGCUGCUACACAGGUUCUGAAGACAUCUUAUUUGCAGGUAUUGGGCUGAGCUAUGACAAAGAAUUGAAGAAAUGGGCAAAUGCAUCCAUAUGUCGAGUUAAAUUGAGGCUGGACGAUGCUAUCCUUCUUGCUAUGAACAAGAUGCAGCAAGUCGCAAUAGUCGAACCAGAAUCAUCUACGCCAUUCCCAGAUGCCUUCAGUGCAUUUGCCACUUUGGUACCGAAGCCAUUCAACUCAGCUAUCUGGCAGCGUCUUCGAUUAUAUUCUACAAGUUGA